GCAAUACGCCAGCAGCCAUUUUGCAUUUCUCGUACUCUCUCUCUCGCUCGAUCGCUCUCUCCUCUCCCGCGUAGCAUAACCGGAGAGAGAAAGAGAGCGGCUCCGUCAGCGGAGUGUCUGUGUGUUCUAGGAAAACAAGUCCUGCUCAAUGUGUAUCGAGACGCGAGUGUGAAUGCACAUGCUCCGUGCGCUCAGUGCGAUUUUUGGGUAGAGGUUCGAGAAAAGCGGUUCCGUUAAACUGCUGAAGGAGGCUGCUGAAGAACCGAUCUUCGGGCAACUGAUCAACUGAAGGGGCACGAACGAGCGCAAAGAGGGGAGGAAGAUCGCUGAGGUGACGGGGGAGGAUUUUCUUUGUGGUGUGAAGAUAUUGUGCGUGUAGAGCAAUAGCGGAUGUCCUUUGGGUGACGGAAAGGACCGCGCAAAGUAUGUGUGUUGUAGCGAGGUGGUGAUCCAGGUGGAAACGUGAAGAGAGAGAGAGAUGGGUGAGGAAGAUUGGAAGGAAGCAAAUCUAAGCGCGUGAAAGCACAGAGUGUAACACAAAGGAAGUGCAAGGAAGCUGAAUCGAGAGAAUUUGAUAACACAAGAGAGAUCAUCAACUAGUGCUGAUUUUGUAACGCGGUGUGUUACAGUUACGGUUACAACAAUGAGUGCCAAUCGAGAUUUCGAACCGUUCGAGUUCGUGGAUGAGUCGUGGUGACCUCAAGGGUCGAAGAAGAAAGUAGUGAGUGGAUUCGGGGGCAUUGCGCGGUGUUGAAACAAAUGGAAGAAUUAACCCUAGUUUGAAAAGAAGAGUGCUACAAGAAACGAAACGAGCGUAGUGUGUUACACAUACGGUAACGGCUACCGGAAGAAUACACUAGAGUGCGGUGAGCAGAACUGGGAGCUGUCUCACGGAAGAGAGAUUCCCGCUUCACAACAGGACUGGGACAAUGUGGUUGAACGCGACGGCGGUGACCAUCCGGCGCAGGAGGUCGUCCGCCGGAAUGAGCUCGCAACUGUCGAACGUUUGGAUUAAAAUACUUGCGACGGGAUUCCUGCUGGCCGUGCUAGCCGACAGUGCCAACGGUUUUCUGUCCUGUUCGCCAUCACCGUGCAAAAAUGGCGGCACAUGCGUCAACAAACCGAACGGGGGAUCCUACUGCGACUGUACGUCGCGAUAUACCGGUGAAUUUUGUGAGUCCACGAAUCCGUGCUACAACGGGUCGGGUCCGCGGUGCCAGAACGGGGGCACCUGCGAGGUGACGUCCCGGGACGGCGUUCCGUCGUUCGUGUGUCGGUGCGCGAUCGGUUUUACCGCGAGUUUGUGCGAAAUUCCGGUGAAGAACGCGUGCGAUUCGUCUCCGUGCAACAACGGUGGAAGCUGCAAGCUGAAGACCCUGGACGACUACAGCUGCGUGUGCGCGAUCGGCUACUCGGGCAAAUACUGCGACAAGCAGAACCUGUGCGCCUCGUCGCCGUGCCGCAACGGCGGCACUUGCACCAUUUCGGGCGGCCACUUCAAGUGCGUCUGCCCGAAGGGAUUCAAGGGUGCGACCUGCUCCGAGGACAUCGAGGAGUGCAUCAAGAAUCCCUGCCUGAACGGUGGCAAGUGCGUCAACACGCACGGCUCGUACCAAUGCAUGUGUGAUGCCGGAUACACCGGCAAGAACUGCGAAUCGCCCUACAUUCCGUGCGCGCCGUCGCCGUGCCAAAAUGGUGGAACCUGCAAGCAGUCGACCAAGUUCAACUACGAGUGCAAAUGUCCACCCGGUUUCCAAGGCAAAAACUGCGAGGAGAACAUUGACGACUGCCCGGGCAAUAUGUGCCAAAACGGUGGCACCUGUGUCGACGGGGUCAACGCGUAUCACUGCAAGUGCUCGCCGAGCUUUACCGGCGAGUACUGCGAAACGGACGUGGACGAGUGCGUGCAGCAGCCGACGAUCUGCAAGAACGGGGCCACCUGUACCAACACCCACGGCGGCUACAACUGCAUCUGCGUCAACGGCUGGAACGGGCCGGACUGCAGCAACAACAUCGACGACUGCGUGGACGCGGCCUGCUUCAACGGGGCGACCUGCAUCGACGGCGUCGGAAGCUUCUACUGCCGGUGUACGCCCGGCAAGACGGGUCUGCUGUGCCAUCUGGACGACGCCUGCACCUCGAACCCGUGCCAUGCGGACGCCAUCUGCGACACCAGCCCGAUCAACGGGUCGUUUACGUGCUCGUGCGCGAUGGGCUACAAGGGCAUCGACUGCUCCGAGGACAUUGACGAGUGCGAUCAAGGAUCCCCCUGCGAACACAACGGCAUCUGCGUCAACACGCCCGGAUCGUUCGCCUGCAACUGCACCCAGGGCUUUACCGGACCGCGCUGCGAGACCAACGUCAACGAGUGCGAGUCGCACCCGUGCCAGAACGAGGGCAGCUGCCUGGACGACCCGGGCACCUUUCGCUGCGUGUGCAUGCCAGGUUUCACCGGCACGCAGUGCGAGAUUGACGUGGACGAGUGCGCCACGAACCCGUGCCUGAACGGGGGCAUCUGCCGCGAUCUGAUCAACUCGUUCAAGUGCACGUGCGCGAUCGGCUUCACCGGGAUGCGCUGCCAGAUCAACAUCGACGACUGUCUGUCGCAACCGUGUCGGAACGGCGGCAUCUGCCACGACUCGAUCGCGGGCUACACGUGCGAGUGCCCGCCCGGCUAUACGGGAAUGUCGUGCGAGACGAACAUCAACGACUGUCAGUCGAACCCCUGUCACCGGGGGAUCUGCGUCGACGGGGACAACUCGUUCAGCUGUCAGUGCAAUCCGGGUUAUACCGGGUACCUGUGCCAGAUCCAGAUCAACGAGUGCGAAUCGAACCCGUGCCAGUUUGGCGGCCAUUGUGAGGAUCUGGUGGGGGGUUACAUCUGCCGGUGCCAGCCGGGAACUUCGGGGCCGAACUGCGAGGUCAACGUCAACGAGUGCCACAGCAAUCCGUGCCGGCACGGUGCCAAGUGCAUCGACGGUAUCAACCGGUACACGUGCCAGUGUGUGCCCGGGUUCACCGGAGUUCACUGCGAGACGAACAUCAACGAGUGCGCGUCGGAUCCUUGCGCGAACGGUGGAGUUUGUAUGGAUUUGGUUAACGGGUUCCGGUGCGAGUGUCCCCGGGGGUACUUUGACGCGCGUUGUUUGAGCGACGUCGACGAGUGUGCGUCGAACCCGUGCAUCAACGGAGGUCGCUGCGAGGAUGGGGUGAACCAGUUCAUCUGCCACUGCCCGCCCGGGUACGGAGGUCGUCGCUGCGAGACGGACAUUGACGAGUGCGGAUCGAACCCGUGCCAGCACGGCGGGAUUUGUCGCGACGGAUUGAACUCGUACACGUGCCAGUGCAUGCCGGGCUAUUCGGGACGCAACUGCGACGUUAACAUUGACGACUGCGUGAACAACCCGUGUCGGAACGGGGGGUCGUGCAUCGACCUGGUCAACGGGUACAAGUGCGUGUGUCGGGUGCCGUUCACCGGACGGGACUGCGAAUCGAAGAUGGACCCGUGCCUGCCGAACCGCUGUCGGAACGGAGCCAAGUGUUCGCCGUCGCCGAAUUACAUGGACUUUUCGUGCAGCUGCACGCUCGGCUACACCGGACGACUCUGCGACGAGGACAUCAACGAGUGUGCGCUGUCUUCGCCGUGUCGGAAUGGGGCGACCUGUCGCAACACCAACGGUUCGUAUCAAUGCCUGUGUGCGAAGGGUUACGAGGGACGGGACUGCACCGUCAACACCGAUGACUGUGCGUCGUUCCCGUGUCAGAAUGGCGGGACGUGCUUGGAUGGAAUCGGCGAUUACACGUGUUUGUGCGUGGAUGGUUUCGAGGGGAAACACUGCGAGGUGGACGUCAACGAGUGUCUGUCGAUGCCGUGCCAGAACGGGGCGACCUGCACGCAGUACGUGAACUCGUACACGUGCACGUGUCCGCUCGGGUUCUCCGGGAUGAACUGUCAGACCAACGACGAGGAUUGUACGGAGAGUUCGUGCAUGAACGGGGGGACGUGCAUCGACGGGAUCAACAGCUACAACUGCUCGUGCCAGGUUGGGUUUACGGGGUCCAACUGUCAGUACAAGAUCAACAAGUGCGACUCGCAACCGUGCCGGAAUGGGGCGACCUGCUACGACUACGAUAAUGACUACACGUGCCACUGCUCGUACGGUUACACGGGGAAGCAGUGCAUGGACUACGUCGACUGGUGCUCGCAGAGUCCGUGCGAGAAUGGAGCGACCUGCGUUCAGCGCGAGAACGUGUACCAGUGCGUGUGUGCUCCGGGUUGGACGGGGAAGCUGUGUGACGUUGAGAUGGUAUCCUGCAAGGACGCUGCCGCCCGGAAGAGCGUCGACGUGAAGCAGCUGUGCCACGAGGGAAGCUGCGAAGACUUUGGCAACUCGCACCGCUGUCACUGCCAGCAGGGCUACACCGGAUCGUACUGCCAGAAGGAGAUCAACGAGUGCGAGAGUCAACCCUGUCGGAACGGGGGGCACUGCAAGGACCUGAUCGGGGCGUACAAGUGCAUCUGCAAGAAGGGCUUCCAGGGCCAGAACUGCGAGUUGAACAUUGACGAGUGCAAGCCGAAUCCGUGUCGUAAUGGGGGAAUCUGCCACGAUCUGAUCAACGACUACAAGUGCUCGUGCCCGCCGGGAACGCUCGGUGUGCUGUGCGAGAUCAACACGGACGACUGUGUGCCGGGGGCGUGUCACAACAACGGGAGCUGCAUCGAUAAGGUGGGUGGAUUUGAGUGCAGGUGUCCGCCUGGAUUUGUGGGAUCGCGCUGCGAGGGAGACAUCAACGAGUGCUUGUCUAACCCUUGCUCGAAUCCGGGUACGCUGGACUGCGUCCAGCUGGUGAACGACUACCACUGUAACUGCAAGCCUGGCCACAUGGGACGACACUGCGAGAUUAAGGUUGAUUUCUGUGCGAACUCGCCGUGCUUGAACGGUGGGUUGUGCUCGACGCGUCAGUCCGGUCAUCACUGCGUGUGCGCAGAUGGGUACUACGGCAAGAAUUGUGAGUUCUCCGGACACGAUUGCGACUCGAACCCGUGCAUCAAUGGGUUGUGCCAGAUUGCGGACGACGGCGGGUAUCGCUGCGAGUGCCCGUUGGGAACGAGUGGAAUCAACUGCGAGAUUGACAUUCUGGACGAGUGCGGGUCGAGUCCGUGCGAUCGGGGAGCGGCCUGUCAGAACAAGCUGGGGGAUUUCGAGUGCUUCUGUCCGCCCAAGUGGGCAGGGAAGACGUGCAAUCUGUACGACCCGAUGUACAAGGGCUGGUUCGAGAGUGCGAGCAAGAAGAAGGUCGGCAUUUUGAACACGUACGCGAUUGAUCUGGAGUACCAGCGGGCGCAGUGCAUCAAGAAGGGCUGCCGGGAGAAGCAGGGCAACCACCGGUGUGACGAGGAGUGCAACACGUACGCGUGCGACUUUGACGGGAACGACUGCUCGCUGGGGAUCAACCCGUGGCUGAACUGCACCGCCAGCAUCAACUGCUGGGAGGUGUUUAUGGACGGGUUCUGCAACGAGGAGUGCAACAACGCGCAGUGUCUGUUUGACGGGCGGGACUGCGAGAAGAAGCUGCAGCCGUGCAAUCCGGUGUACGACGCGUACUGUCAGAAGCACUACGCGAACGGGUUCUGCGACUACGGAUGUAACAACGCCGAGUGUAACUGGGACGGGUUGGACUGUGAGAACGAGAAGGAACCGGCGCAGCUUGCGGAGGGCGCGAUUUCGAUCAUCCUGCUGAUGGAUUUGGAGACGUUCAAGAAGACGUCGGUGCAGUUUUUGCGAGACUUGGGACAUCAGCUGCGGACGACGGUGCGGAUUAAGAAGAACAGCGCCGGCAUGGAAAUGAUCUACCCGUGGAAGGGGAAUAGUGCGCUGCCGGGACUGGCCGAGAGCGAGUUUGGACGGAAGCAUCACGUGGUUUAUACGGAGGCGCGUCAAACGGGCAUUCAGGUGUUUUUGGAGCUGGACAACCGCAAGUGCAUUGGACGGACCGGGGCGGAGUGCUUUGGCAGUGCGAACGAAGCGGCGGAGUUCUUGGCAGCGACGGCGUCCAAGCACUCGCUGCUGAAGAACUUCCCGAUCUACCAGGUCAAGGGUGUGAACCCGGAUGACGAUGGGUUGCCGGAACCGACGAAUGGAAGCUACGUGAUUCUUGGGGUGUUUAUCGGACUGUUGCUGUUUGCGAUGUGCGGAGUGUUGGUUGCGAACAGGAAGCGUGCCCACGGCAUAACUUGGUUCCCGGAGGGCUUCCUGACGGCGAACACGAACGUACGCAGACCUUCGCGGCGUCGUCCGGACGGGCAGGAGAUGCGCAACCUGAACAAGAACCCGUCGAUGGUGGACAUGUCCAACGGGCACAUGGGCCAUGCCCAGCAGUGGUGCAACAGCGACGACGAGUCGGAGAUGCCACAGCCGAAGCGAAUCCGCGGCAUUGAUCAGGGCUAUUCGAGUGACCACACGGCCAUUACGGACUACGAGGAGACGGAACCGCGGGUUUGGUCGCAGCAGCACUUUGAAGCGGCCGACAUUCGGGACCAUCCGGCGAUGAUGACGCCGCCGACGCACCACGACGGAGGUCACAACGAGGUGGACGUGCGUGGGCCUUGCGGCAUGACUCCGCUGAUGGUGGCGGCGGUUCGCGGAGGUGGAAUGGACUCGGGAGAGGACGUUGAUUCGACGGACGACACGACGGCGCAGAUUAUUUCGGAACUGGUCGCGCAGGGCGCCGAGUUGAACGCCACCAUGGACAAGACGGGCGAGACUUCGUUGCAUUUGGCGGCGAGAUACGCACGAGCUGAUGCUGCGAAGAGGUUGCUGGACGCUGGAGCCGAUGCUAACAGUCAGGACAACACUGGAAGAACUCCGCUGCACGCGGCUGUGGCCGCCGACGCCAUGGGCGUGUUCCAGAUCUUGCUGAGGAACCGAGCGACCAACUUGAACGCCCGCAUGCACGACGGAACUACGCCGUUGAUCCUCGCUGCCCGACUCGCGAUCGAAGGAAUGGUUGAAGAUCUGAUCACGGCCGACGCCGACAUCAACGCGUCGGACAACAGCGCCAAGACGGCGCUUCACUGGGCCGCCGCCGUCAACAACGUGGACGCGGUGAACAUCCUGCUCACGCACGGUGCCAACCGCGACGCUCAGGACGAAAAGGACGAAACGCCACUCUUCUUGGCGGCCCGCGAAGGCAGCUUCGAGGCGUGCAAAGCCCUGCUGGACAACUUUGCCAACCGAGACAUCACCGACCACAUGGACCGGUUACCGCGGGACGUCGCCAGCGAGCGGAUACACACGGACAUUGUGCGGCUGCUGGACGAGCACGUGCCGCGCAGCCCCCAGAUGGUCACGACCAUCCCGAACACGAUCAUGUCUCCGACGUCGCACCCGCACAUGAUCACCCACCCGACGAUCAUCGCGGCGACCAAGGUCAACAAGCAGAAGAAGCGCGCCAAGGUGAACGGCGGCAUGGUCGUCCCGCAAAACCCAAACAGCCCGGAGAACGUCACGGACGGCAGCAUCCGGCGAAAGGCCGUGGCUAAGAAGCCGGGCGCCAAGAAGAACAACAACAACGCGAUGGCCGGCGACAUCCAGAUGACGGACGAUGGGCUGAGCUCGGUGGAAUCGCCCCUGGCGAACAUCCCCAGCCCGUACGACACGGUGUCGCUGUACUCGAACGCGAUGGCCGUGCACCAGAUCGACCCGAUGACCGGCAACAAGAAGCCACCGAGCUACGAGGACUGCAUCAAGAGCGCCCAAUCGAUGCAAUCGCUGCACAACAUCAACCUGGACAACUACGGCUACUCGAUGGGUGGCGGCCAGGGCCAGGGCCAGGGCAACACGCCCUUCCAGGACCUGAUGAUGAACCAGCGGAGCAACGGCGGCAACGGCAUGAUGAUGCACGCGAUGCACGUGAUGGGCGAGAGUGGCCUCAGCCCGCCGUACUCGAACCAGUCGCCGCCGCACUCGGUCCAGAGCAACCUGGCGCUGUCCCCGCAGGGCUAUAUCGGUUCUCCCUCUCCCGCCAAGACCCGUCCGAGUCUGCCGACGUCGCCGACGCACAUCCAGGCGAUGCGGCACGCGCAGCAGCAAAAGCACGGCGUCCAAAUGAUCUCCAGCAACGGAAGUAUGCAGCAGCAGCAGCAACAGCAACAGCAACAGCAAAGCAGUAUAGGCUGUGGGCAGCAGCAGGGCAGUAGUAGUAGCAACAGCAACAACAACUCAAACAGUGCAAUGUUGGCCAGUUUGCAGAUGAACUUUGUCAACGGCUCCAGCGGGCUGGAACUGGCCGGGUUCUGCAGUCCUACGGGUCAAGGAUCUCAAGCGUCGACGUCGCAGAACACGACCGCCACCACCAUCUCGUCGCCGUCGAGCUCGACCAUGUCGCACCUGUCGCCGAUGUCGUCGGCGUCGGCCCACUGCCAGCAGUCGACGCUCAACAGCCAGCAGUCGUCGUUCUACCAGUAUCUGACGCCACCGAGCCAGCACAGCGGGGGCGUGACGCCGCAGCAUCUGGUCCAGACGCUGGACAGCUACCCGACGCCAUCGCCGGAAUCGCCCGGCCACUGGUCAAGUUCCUCGCCCCACUCGACCUCGGACUGGUCCGAGGGCGUCCAGUCGCCGGCCGCGGCCAACAUGAACGUGUACGUGACGAGCGCCCCGGCGGGAGGCGGCGGCGCCGGCGGACACCAGGCCAACAAGGGAUCCGAAGCGAUCUACAUCUAAGGUAUGAGAAAGGAGACAAGUGCCUCGUCCCCCCCUCCCCUCCACUUUGGCGCGACGUCGCCAGAGCGUGAUGAUAGUGAUAAUUUAUUCGAUAAUUUAACUAAUUUUAAACGAAUUUGUUGUAAAAGACUUCCUCUCUACGAAACGUGCUAAGAUUUAUCAGCGAUUUUUUUAUGUGUGUGCGAGCCGAACGAAUGAAUGCGUGAAUGGGUGCAAACAUUCUCGGGAGAAACGGAACGGGAAUUUCCUUGCGUUAAGACAAGCUACUUUUAAAGGGAAAACAACAAUGUUUUUUUAAAGGCACAAAAAAAGACAACAAUUAGACAAACGAAAAAAGACAAACAGAAUGUACAAUAUACUUAUAAAUAUAUUUUACUUUUGAACUAUUUUAAAGCAAAUUUUAACACGCGUACAUGUUUUAAUUUGACAAACAUAAAUAAAGAGAAAAGUGCUUCCAGGAGAAAGAAAGGAACACGCAGCAAGAUUCCACAGAAAAAAAACGUUUUCCUUUUUAUUUGUUGUAUAAAGUAAAAAAAUAAAUGUGGACAAGCAACACUCAAAAAAUAUGGUCUGAUUAUAAGUUAGUAUUUUUUAACUGUUCCACUCAAAUGCGUCGUGCUACAACUAGCGAGUAAACGAGAACUUAAUACAAACGGAGAGGCGCGUGACGCGCACAACCUUUUUAAACACUAAAUCGGAGGGUUAGGAAAGCCCAAAUCCCCAAUUUGUAGAUGUUGUACAUAGUCAGAAUAAAGUAAAAAAUCUAUUGAAAUUAUUGUAAUAUUUUAUUGAGAAUUUUUUAAGUGCGAAUAAAAGCGACAAUUAGAGCGAGCCGCUUCGCGGCCCGCCAUUUUACACCUAGCAACUAGUGUAGAAAAUAAAAAUCUCUUUUUUACUCUCUGAAACGCAGAAAUCAAGACAAAAAAAAACAAAAUCUCUCUAGAGCGAUACAACAAUUUUUAAAAGUUUCUUGUUAAAAGGUUAGUUUAUGUUUAGAAUGCCGAACAAAAAAGUGAAUCUCAACGCAAAAGCUGCAAACACCAGUGACGACAAUCCAGAACGAAUCGCGCACCCUCGAUAUGCAAUAAUUUGAAACUAAUCAUUACAGCCAAUUUCUCUCUCUAUAUCAUCAAAAGUUUAAUUAAAUCUCAGUAUACUCCUCUACUCAUGACUAGAAAGAGCAUCAGAAGGUAGUCUCUAUUUACGCAGCGAAUGCAAGAUUAUUUUCUAGAGUGGGCUGUUUUAUUUUUUUUUACAAUUCUAUUAGUUCUGUUUAGCGGAAGAAAAUGAAAAUGCUCGAGAUGAGUGUUGAAACAGGAAGCAUAAACACACACACAAACACGCAAACGCAACAGAGAUAUAAUAUAGGCGAUAUUUGUCUGACGAUUUUAUAAAAGAGAUGAAAACAAUAAAAACUGUAUAAAAUUUUAUUUCAUAAAA